UAUUUAACAUGGAUGCAGCGGUGUGGAUAGAUAGAGACAAAGUUGGAAGAAAACAGACACAAAAUUGAAUGGCGCUUGUUCGUGUGUUCCCAACCAGCACCACCCUUCCUCGUCUUGCUUCAACACUUUCCCUUACAACCAAAUUUGUCGUUCGGAGCUCUAACCUUCAACUUCAAUCGCAACCCACUGACUCGCGCAAGUUAGUUCUGGAAGUGAAGGACAGGCUUGAAAAAGAACACUAUACUCUUCCUAUUGGUAGAAAUGGUAGGGAUGAUGAAGAUAUGAUACUAUGGUUUCUUAAAGAUCGCAAAUUUUCUGUUGAAGAAGCUGUUUCUAAGUUGGCUAAAACCAUUAAAUGGCGUCAAGAUUUUGAGGUCUCUAAAUUGACGGAAGAAUCUGUUAAAGACGUUGUUAAAACUGGAAAAGCAUAUAUACAUGACUUUCUAGAUGUUAAUCACAGGCCCGUGCUUGUGGUGGUUGCAGCAAAGCAUUUUCCUAAAGCACAGGAGCCUGUAGAUGAUGAGAGGUUAUGUGUUUUCUUAAUUGAGAAGGCAUUGAGUAAGCUUCCACCUGGGAAAGAACAGAUACUUGGAAUAUUUGAUCUCAGAGGUUUUGGUACAGAAAAUGCUGAUCUUAGAUACUUGACAUUUUUGUUUGAUGUGUUCUAUUGUUACUAUCCAAAGCGAUUAUCUCAAGUAUUGUUUGUGGAUGCUCCUUUUGUGUUUAAGCCAAUUUGGCAGCUUACCAAGCCGUUGUUAAAAUCAUAUGCUUCUCUGGUGAGGUUUUGCUCUGCAGAGACUGUGAGGAAGGAAUAUUUUACAGAUGAAACUUUGCCGCCAAAUUUCAGAGGUUAAAAGGGGUUGAAAAUUGCAGGAAUUGAGGAAUACAAGAGAAAUCAUGGCAGAGAUAAGGGAAUUAUAUUAGUGGGUUGAAGUUGAAAUCACCUCCUUGUAAGAGUAAUACCAUAUAGAGGCAAUACGGAAGAGACAGAUUUAUAUACCUGGAAGACAGGUGUUGUUUGGACCAUCCAAUCUGAGGAACAAUAAUGCAUUGUCAGUUUAUUGUUUUUUUUUUUGUGUGCACAUUUUACUUUUAGAUUUGUAACAAUAUAUCUCUUGUAUAACUGGUACAAAUUGACGUUUGAAAUGAAUAUGAUAACUCUUUUUCCUUGAA